UUUUAGAUCACUAGUUUCCAUCGUUCAUUUUGUAUUGUUAAUUUGCUUCUUAAAACGGUCAACGGUAGAACUCAGUUCACCGGCAAACUCACUCACUUCAUACACAAUUGUUAUUUGGAGUUUCAUACAUAAUUCAAAUUCGUAUAUAUUAGAAAUUCGGUUUAUUGCAGUAUUUUGCUUUAUCGCAUACUAAAGACCCCCUACCCUUUUCACACAACCAUAUACAACAACGAAGAGGCAGCCAAUGCAAAAGAACUACGAUAGCCUAUUUCCUGCUUUUAAAGAAUUAAAAUUUAAAAAGAUAACAAAAGUGUUUCAAUUAGAGAAAAGAGUCUAAGAUACCACAUAGUGAUAUAACAAAGAAACAAACAAAAACACGGGGAAUUCCGAAUACCAACACAUUGUCUGUAAAAUUAAAGUACAAUAAUACAACUCCACCAUGAGUGCUAUGAAAGUUUGUUGUAUUGGUGCGGGCUAUGUUGGUGGACCCACUUGCUCGGUAAUGGCUUUGAAAUGUCCCGACAUAACAGUGACGGUUGUGGAUAAGAGCUCUGAGCGUAUAGCUCAAUGGAACUCUGAUAAAUUGCCCAUAUAUGAGCCCGGUUUAGACGAUGUCGUCAAAAAAUGUCGCAACGUGAACUUGUACUUUUCAACGGACAUAGAGACGGCCAUAAAAGAAGCCGACUUAAUAUUCAUAUCCGUCAACACUCCCACAAAAACUUUUGGAAAUGGCAAAGGUCGUGCUGCCGAUUUGAAAUAUGUGGAGAGUGCUGCUCGUAUGAUAGCCGAAAUUGCUCAAUCCAAUAAAAUUGUAGUGGAGAAAAGUACAGUUCCUGUACGUGCUGCCGAAAGUAUUAUGCACAUCUUACAUGCAAAUCAAAAACCAGGCAUACGUUAUGAUAUUCUCUCGAAUCCGGAAUUUUUGGCCGAAGGCACUGCCAUUGAAGAUCUGUUACAUGCCGAUCGUGUGCUAAUUGGGGGUGAGGAAACUCCCGAAGGUCAUAAAGCAAUAGAAAAGUUAUCAUGGAUUUAUGAACAUUGGAUUCCCAAAGACAAUAUAUUGACCACAAAUACUUGGAGUUCAGAAUUAUCCAAAUUGGCGGCAAAUGCAUUUUUGGCUCAAAGAAUUUCCAGCAUUAACUCUCUCUCAGCUGUGUGUGAGGCUACCGGGGGCGAUGUUUCAGAAGUGGCUCGUGCCAUUGGUCUGGAUUCUCGCAUUGGUUCGAAAUUUCUGCAGGCUUCCGUUGGUUUUGGUGGUAGCUGUUUCCAAAAAGACAUUUUGAAUUUGGUCUAUAUUUGCGAAGGACUCAAUUUACCUGAAGUGGCUGCCUAUUGGCAACAAGUUAUCGAUAUGAACGAAUACCAAAAAUCAAGAUUUUCACAAAAAAUUAUCGAAUGCCUAUUUAAUACGGUCUCGAAUAAGCACAUUUCGAUACUGGGCUUUGCCUUCAAGAAGAACACUGGUGAUACCAGAGAAACUCCGGCAAUUACCGUUUGCAAGACACUGCUGGAAGAGGGAGCCAAAUUGGAUAUUUACGAUCCCAAGGUAGAGCCUGAACAAAUCAUUGACGAUUUAACGCAUCCUAGUGUAACAGAAUCACCUGAAACGGUCAAGCGGGCGGUUCAAAUUCAUAGUGAUCCCUACAGUGCGGUGAGGGGAACACAUGCCAUUGUUUUGUGCACCGAAUGGGAUGAAUUUGUGACACUCGACUACCAACGCAUUUAUCAAUCCAUGAUGAAGCCAGCCUACAUUUUUGAUGGCCGCAAGAUUUUAGAUCACGAACGUUUGCAACAGAUCGGUUUUCAUGUCCAGACAAUCGGCAAGAAGUACUCACGUUCCGGCCUUAUGCGUUCUUGGGGUAGUGUUCAACAAUUGUAGGCCUAUCAACCGAAGAAAGUAAAACUUGCCAACGGUUUUACGCCACUAGAUUAAGUCCAAACUUUUCCAACGGUUUUAUAUGCUCUUGUGUCGUGUCAGUUUUUUACAAUGCACCCAUUUAUUAUUGUUCUCUAACUUUUGAAAAGACUUUAAUGCACACAGUAUUUUUUUCGUCUUCUUAAGAAAUCCACAUAAGUCAAUCCUAUUUACAUGUAAAUAAUUACGUACCAUUUAUUAACAACCAAAAUCAAUAUUCAAUUAGGCAAAUUGAAUUUAUCAACCAGCAAAGCAAGCAAACAAUAAAUAUAUAUAUUACGAAAGCGGCAAUAUACAUAUAUAA